AUGUGGUACCAACGCGCCGCUUCUAAAACACCGCCUUCUGGACCGGAGGGCGUGCUGACGCUCCCUUCAGCUGCGUUGCCUCCCCACUUGCGGCUCGGUCGGUCGCUCGCUUUGCGCUUGCAGCGCGCGCUGACCGAUGCGAUUGACUUGUCGCCCACCGAGAGGUCAAGGCCGGUGAAGCCACUGCCUGCCCUUGCAGUCACUGCGCCGAGUGCCCUGGUGCGGAGUCCUUGCAAGGGCCUGGUCUUAUCGGGCUGGGAGAAGAAGGAGGCGCACCUGUUGGAUUGCAUCUUGGAGCCCAGCGUGGGCCCAGAGAAACAGGUAGCGUUCCAGAUUGCGGAGAGGUGCCACUGGGAGCUGGAGUGUCGCAAGUCCUUCAUGGAUGAGGAGAUCGAGGGCGAGCCGGAGAUACCUCCUGCCUCAUUGCCGUGGCCCCGGCAUCGAAGGAUGAAUGCCAAUGGAGGUUGCCAUGGACAGGGCAUUCCAUGCAGUGCGGUCGGAGGGCACUGA